ACUCAAAGAAAAACGACUUUUAUUCAAUUUUGGGUAAUUUACCCGCGUUUGGGAAGCUCUGCCUUAAGCAAGCUCCUCUGUGUGGAAUAAUAAAAAAUCACGCUCGCCUCUGUGUAAAAAGUUGUGCAAAUGCCAGACCCAAAGCCUGGCAGCCGGCGGAAGAAUUUAUUCUUAUUCUGCACUUUGGGGUGAAUUUCCUCUCUUUUGGAGCAUCGAGGCUGUGUUCUCCCUGCCUUUUGCAAGGAAUGUUUCUGCCUCCUUCCCUUAUUUUUUUCUCCUUUUUCGCAGAGGAGGAGAACCGGCCUAGGAGGCUCAGAAGAUGCCCCGGCGGAAGGCGGACGGAGCCAGCUCCGGGAAUGGCACCGGCGCGGCGCGCAAACGGGCCGGCACGGGCCGCGGGGCCCCUCUGGCGGCCAAGAAGAAGAACCGCGGCGGGGGGGGCAGCAGCAGCAGCAGCAGCAACAACGGGGGAGGGGGCAGCAGCGGAGAGGAGCAGGACGGGCUGGCGUUGCCCCUGCCCUCGGCCGCCGGAGGGAGCAAGAAGGCGCCCCGGCCUGGCGGCGGGCGAGGGGCUGGAGAGCAGCAGAGCCCCCCAGGCUUGCAGCCACCCCAGGCCGCCGUGGUGGUCAGCGAGCCGGAGCACACCAAGGAGCGCAUCAAACUUGAAGGCUCGAAAUGUAAAGGUCAGCUUCUGAUAUUCGGGGCCACCAACUGGGACUUGAUCGGCCGGAAGGAAGUGCCAAAGCAGCAAGCUGCUUACCGCAACCUUGGCCAGAACCUGUGGGGACCACACAGGUACGGAUGUCUCUCGGGAGUCCAAGUCCGGACCAUAAUUUCGGGGCCGUGUUCCGCUCACAGUCUCUUCAUCACCGUCGAGGGGAAGCUCUGGAGUUGGGGGCGGAACGACAAGGGGCAGCUGGGCCACGGAGACACCAAGCGAGUCGAUGCCCCCAAACCGAUCGAGGUGCUGAGCAGCGAGACGGUGGUUUCAGCAGCUUGUGGACGCAACCACACCCUGGCCCUGACAGAGAAUGGGUCUGUCUUUGCCUUUGGGGAGAACAAGAUGGGGCAGCUCGGGUUGGGGAAUCAGACGGACGCGGUCCCCAGCCCCACACAGAUCAUGUACAACGGCCAGCCGAUUACCAAGGUGGCCUGCGGUGCAGAAUUUAGUAUGAUCAUGGAUUGCAAAGGGAAUCUCUAUUCUUUUGGUUGUCCCGAAUACGGACAGCUCGGACACAACUCGGACGGGAAAUUCAUCGCCCGGGCCCAGAGAAUAGAAUACGACUGCGAACUGGUUCCCCGCCGCGUGGCCAUCUUCAUUGAAAAAACCAAAGAUGGCCAGAUCCUGCCUGUCCCAAACAUCGUUGUGAGAGACGUCGCUUGUGGCGCAAACCACACGCUCAUCUUGGACUCGCAGAAACGGGUGUUCUCCUGGGGGUUCGGCGGUUACGGCCGGUUAGGACACGCGGAGCAGCGGGACGAGAUGGUGCCACGGUUAGUGAAGCUCUUCGACUUCCCGGGACGUGGGGCGGCGCAGAUCUACGCGGGCUACACCUGCUCUUUUGCGGUCAGCGAAACAGGAGGCCUGUUUUUCUGGGGAGCAACGAACACUUCCCGGGAGUCAACAAUGUACCCCAAAACUGUGCAGGAUCUAUGUGGUUGGAAAAUCCGUAGUUUGUCUUGUGGGAAGAGCAGCAUUAUAGUGGCAGCGGAUGAGAGCACAAUCAGCUGGGGACCUUCUCCAACCUUUGGAGAGUUGGGUUACGGAGACCACAAGCCGAAAUCCUCAACUGCGGCUCAGGAGGUGAAAACGUUGGAUGGGAUUUACACAGAACAGGUAGCCAUGGGCUACGCGCACUCUCUGGCGAUUGCCCGCGACGAGAGCGAAGCCGAAAAGGAGAAGAUCAAGAAAUUACCAGAAUACAACCCACGCACGCUCUGACACAGGGCGUGGGCCUUUCCCCGUGACGACUGCACUGGAACGCUGUUCGCGAAGAGAUUGCAGACACCAACGUGCGUUUCGUUAGACUCCCUGAGAUUUCAGUUUUUAUACGCCAUUUGAAGUUUUAACUACCUGUUGCUAUGACUCUUCCUCGCCCCACUCCACCCCAUCCUUCCCCCAAGACGGCUUGUUUCGUAUUUUGUAUUUCAUUUUGUUUCCGAUGGUGGUGGUGGAGGACGAUAAAUUGAGGAAAUCCGUUCAUCCCUUUUGGGUCACCAGUCAGAUGAAAGCUGCAGGGGUGUUUGUCCGUUUUUGUUUUUAUUUUUAUUUUUUGUUUGUUUUCCCCGCUAAACCUGUUUGGGUUAAACAGUGGACCAGUAAACCAGCAUUGAAAGACAGUUUUUCUACUGCAGAGUGGCCUAUCCUUUGCGUUUUGUCCCCGAAGAAGGCGGUUAUUCAUUUCUUUUCUGCGCCUUCUGUAAUUUCCUUUGAUUAAAACGGGCACCAGAGUCCAGUAGUUCACGUUGAUUUCAGAUUGAGCUUUGUGUCACCUUGUAAAUGUGGCAACAGACGUUAAAUUGGCCUCGUGUUACUUUAUGCAUGGCGUUUCUUUCUCAUAGCCUUGUGUGGUUAGGUGUCUAGGGGGGACGGGACUCGUAAGACAUUUUCCUGGAAAGCGGCAGUUCUCCUUGGAGCUGAAAUUAAGAUGCUGGCCACACGAGGGGGCUUUUGGAUCUGGUUUUAGAGGAAGUGAAAUGAACUCAUUUGGCACUGAAAAUAGCAGGGAAGCCUGCAAGCUGGAGAGGAGUCUCUCUCCGUCUCAUGUGGACGAAAGCUAAAUUCUCACCCAGGUACUGAAGUUAAAAGAAAAGCCUCUCCCCUUUGCUUCCCAGAUAUUUUUCUAUUGGUUGGUCUCCACUUUCCUUCCAGCCCUCCCCGGAUUUUUCCAAAGGGGAGUUUCUUUAGAUCAGCGAAUGAUGCUCUGAGACGGAAGAUACAAGAGAUUUGGGUUUGGGGAAUGGCAGUUCUGCAAACGCCUUCUCUGAACCCCUGAGAGCUAGCGGCCCUCCGAUCCCCUGAAUGAGGAAGCUGUAUAAAGUUCCCCCAAAGAAACAGGCGAUAUGUUUCCAGCCCAGGGGGAAUUGCGUUAGCAGCCCCCUUCUUGUCCCACCAUGGGGUGUUUGUGUUGGGGAAUGUUGCACCUUGAAAGCGGCGCGCCGCUCUUUUCCGGCGUAAACCUUGUUGGUUUGUGGGGCAGGGCGAUCAAACGCGUCCCCUUUUGCCCAUCUUAGGCGGCCUCCCCUUUUAACCAGAUCUACUCCCUUGAGUUAGAAUGGCGAGAAAUGAAUGGAAAUCCACCACGGUUAGAUGAGCCUUGGGGGAAGCUGAAAAGCAGCAUUUGUUGACUUCAUGCUAAAUUUGCAGGCUUAGGAUACUAGGAGGCUGGGUUACCUAGGUAGAGAGCAAUGCUGCAGUGGGAAGUGAGGGUGCUUACUCCAUGGGUCUGGAUCAAAAUAUUUUGGGCUUUCCCUGUAUUCCCAUUCAGCCACGUUCGACCCCCCACCCCUCUAUGCUUUUGACAAUAUGUUCUUCUUUUUCAUUUGCUAAGUCAUUCUGAUCCUACAGGAGAAUCUAAGUUAACUAGAACAUAGAUGGGGAUAACUUAUUUGUGGUGGGAGGGAAUGGACUAAGAGGUACUUCCAUCUUCACCAAAGAACGGCUGUUUUUGUGCUAAGUAAAAGACUUUGCUUUUGACUUGGUUGGUGUAAAGGUUUCUGUUUGCGGACUCUCCUGCUGUUCCUUACCAAGGAGAAGGGCGCAGAGGGACGAGACAACUUAGCGUUAAAUGAGAUGAGAAAAGAUUUUAGCCUAGUCUUGUCACACUCUUCCCCCCCUUUUUUUUUAUAUUUCUCAAAAUAAAUGUUUAAAUAAAU